UAUGAAUGACAUAUAGUUCAUAGAAUUUAUAAGCAGCUUGCAUGAUCAUACCUGUGACAUUCCAUUUCACCACUUAGGCUGUAUAUGGCUCCAAUUAUUUAGCCAAAAAUAUGUAUUUGGGAGGAGAGUGUUGGCUUCUUUUAACAGUGUUGAUUUAUCAGCCAAGCUGGCCAAAUUUCUGGCCAAGUAUAAUUUGAUUAGGGAAGUAUUGAGAGGAAUUUACCUUUAUGUAUCACUGAUGACAGGGAAGCAAUUAGUAAAUUUAUGAGGAUGCUACAAAGCCUAAAGCACACAAAAUAGGGAUUAAAAUGUCUAAUACGCCAUUGUUUGAUUCCCCCCCCCCCCGCUCCGCUUUUCACACUGAUUUCGACAGUGCUACAGAAGAUGUAAAAAAAUUAAAAACGAGGCCAAGCGAUGAUGAGCUGAAGGAACUAUAUGGACUCUACAAACAAUCUACUGUUGGAGACAUUGAUACUGAGUGUCCAGGAAUGCUAGAUCUGAAAGCCAAAGCCAAAUGGGAAGCAUGGAACCUUAAAAAAGGUUUAUCAAAGGAGGACGCCAUGACUGCCUAUAUUUCUAAAGCAAGAGAGAUGAUAGAAAAAUAUGGGAUCUAAAAUACUCCACAAUAAUUCCCAUAAAUAAUUCAUUAACUUUUCAGUAGCUAAUGAACUAACUCUUUUGAGGAAAAAAAUGCAAAACUAACAUUUUCGUGUUUAGUUUGACACUAAGAUUUACCAACGUGAGUUAAUUACCUACAAGGGAGUAUUUACACAUGCACUGUACUUCUUAAGACACUAACUUACUUACUUUAAAUACAUUUUUACCUACAAGAUUUAUUUAAGGUUUUAAACGGUCUCUUCUUUUUCCCUUUUUUUGAGGAAGCAGAAAGAUCACAUUCCUCUUCCUAUCCAGCCAAAGUAAAUUCUGAAGACAAAACUACUUACCUGUCUUUUUUUCCCAAAAGAUGUAAUUGGAUACAGGGAGGGGGAUUUAAAAAGAAAGAAAAAGAAGAGUAGUUUUUAAGAUAGCUGAGUCAGGCUAAUGAGGUCUCAAAGAGUGCCGAUUUAAAGGAAACAUUAGUUACUUCCUGGAUCCAAUAAUGGAUAAAUAUACUUGCGCAAAUAUAUCUCCCUUCUGUUAGGGUAUGUCUACACUACCUGCCGGAUCGGCGGGUAGCGAUCGAUCUAUCGGGGAUCGAUUUAUCGCGUGUAGUGUAGAAGCGAUAAAUCAAUCCCCGAUCGCUCUGCCAUCGACUCCGGAACUCCACCAUGGCGAGAGGCGAAAGCGGAGUCAACGAAGCCGCACCGCGAGGACGUGAAGUAAGUAAUUUUAAUUCGAUCUAAGAUAUGUCGACUUCAGCUAUGCUAUUCUCAUAGCUGAAGUUGCGUAUCUUAGAUCGAUUCCCCCCCGCCCCCCCAGUGUAGACCAGCCCUAUUACAGUCAUAGAAAUGCGGGUGUAGAAAAACUACAUUUUAAAUGGAAAUAACUUUGGGUCCCUCCAACCCCCACAGAGCUUAUUCUUGCUUAGAUGCUUUAUUGGGCCAGAUUAAGCUAUGGUAAAGGCAGAGGGAAGCCACUGAAGCCCGACAUACUAUCUUUGCAAUGCUUUAGCCUACCAUCCUCCCACCAGCCCCAAACUCUAACCACCACAGGGAAGCAAAUUAAUGUACUGGCUGUUUAUUUUUAAGAAUCAGAAUUUUCCUAAGUAUCAUCAUAAAUUAUAUCCUGGAGAAACCUUUGGCUCUAGGAUGCACCUGUAUUAAUACAUCAACUGUUAGCCCUGUUGCUACAGAAAGUUGCUUACCUUGCCUCUGUGGUAGUUGUAAAGUUGUAUAGAAAAUGUUUUGUAUUAUUUACUGCUUUGGACUAAUCUUUGACCCCUCUCCCUGCAAAAUAAAGACAUAUACUCAGAGA